UGGAGCUGCAUCUGACGGCUCUGCAGGCUUGACUCGGCGGUCUGAUGCUCAGCGGGAAUGUCCCUAUCAGUAGUGUUCCCAUAAAUGAUUAAGGCAGCCUAAAGCAUUUAAAGCCUCCGGAGGAUCUGUGAGCAGAGACCUGCAGGUGCGGACUGACUUCAAAGCACCGCAACGCUCGCGCUAUAUUUGGACGCAUCUGUCGCGUGAGUCUUUUCCCACGAUUCACCUGCGUGCGUGCGGUCUGCAACAAGAAGCCCAUGGAGGGCUGUCGCGAUGCUGUGCUCAAGGAGAACUAAAACUUUGGUGUCGACAUGUGUGGUCCUGAGCGGCAUGACCAACAUCGUGUGUCUCCUGUAUGUCGGCUGGAUUACCAACUAUGUGGCCAACGGGGGACCCAAAGUUGCGGAGAGCGGCGGCGGAGAAACGGACAAAAAGUUGGAGGAGGACAGUAAAGGGGAAACGAUGCGGAUUAUGGAGAGGCUGGACCGGCUCGAGAGCGUUGUCAACGAGCACAUCAAAGAGAAAGAUGGUGAAGACUCUGUGUCGUCAUCAGAAGCAGCCUCAGAAUCCACCUCAUCACUAUUUGAGCGCUGGGGUCAUGACCUGGGCCCAGAGAGUCGAAGGGUCGCCCUCAGGAAGUUUCAUUAUUACGGCUACAACGGCUACCUCAGCGACCGCAUCUCCCUCACCCGGCCCAUCCCAGAUUUACGGCCAGACGGGUGCAGAAACGUGUCCUAUUCUUCAGAUCUUCCUCAACUCAGCGUCAUCUUCAUCUUUGUAAACGAGGCCUUGUCAGUGUUGCUGCGCUCGGUGCACACAGCCAUCCAGAGGACUCCGCCACACCUGCUCAAAGAGAUCAUCCUGGUGGACGACCACAGCAACAGCUGGGAGCUUAAAGAACAUCUUCAGAGCUUUGUAGAGGAGACCAACCUUCAGCAUGGCCCGGGGUUCAUUAAGGUGGUUCGCCAUGACAAGCAGGAAGGACUGAUCAGAUCCAGAGUCAGCGGAUGGAGAGCUGCUUCAGCUCCUGUUGUCGCCCUGUUCGAUGCACAUGUAGAGUUCAACAUAGGAUGGGCUGAACCUAUUCUGCAGCGUAUCAAGGAGGACCGGACCAGGGUGGUGUCUCCCUCUUUGGACAACAUCAAGUUUGACACCUUUGAGAUCGAGGAGUACCCGCUCUCUGCUCAGGGCUUCGACUGGGAGCUGUGGUGUCGCUACCUGAACCCACCAAAGUCCUGGUGGACACAGCUCAACCACAUGGCCCCCAUCAGGAGUCCCGCUCUGAUCGGCUGCUUCGUGGUCGACAGGAAGUACUUUGAGGAGAUUGGCCUUCUGGAUGAAGGAAUGGAGAUUUACGGUGGGGAGAACGUGGAGCUCGGCAUCAGGGUGUGGCAGUGUGGUGGCAGCGUGGAGGUCCUACCCUGUUCGAGGAUCGCGCAUAUCGAGCGGGCCCACAAACCCUACACAGAGAACCUGACGGCCAAUGUGCGUCGUAAUGCUCUGAGGGUGGCCGAGGUCUGGAUGGACCAGUACAAGAGUCACGUCUACAUGGCCUGGAAUGUCCCACUGCAGAAGUCAGGAAUAGACAUUGGUAACAUUACUGAGAGAAAAGCCUUGCGGUCCAGACUCCAGUGCCGACCCUUCAGCUGGUUCCUCUCCAACAUCUACCCUGAGCUCCGGUCCUACAGCAAUACAGUCGCGUACGGAGUGUUGAAGAACAAUCUGAAAGACAACCUCUGUUUGGACAAAGGACCCGACACUGACAAUGUUCCCAUCAUGUACCUCUGUCACGGUACGUCACCGCAGAACGUCUACUACACCAGCUCUCAGCAGAUCCACCUGGGAGUUUUAAGUCCAACCAUCGACGAUGAUGACAAUAAGUGUCUUGUGGACGUUAACAGCAGACCGCGGCUGCUGGAGUGCAGCUACGCAGCUACCAAACACAUGAAGCUCUCCUGGACGUUUGCUCAGGGCGGCCCCAUCCAGAACACUGAGACUCUGCGCUGUCUGGAGCUGGUUGGAAACAGACAGUCAGAGUUAAGUUUCCAUCUGGUCAUUCAGGACUGCACCAAUCAGAAAUGGACCAUCACGAACAUACUGACUGUCCUGCCACAGUGAUCACACUGACACCGCUCAGCUACUGGAAUACCUUUGUUAUGAUGGAAGCUCAAGUGAGAAACGCUCUUGCUGACCCAGAUAAAUCAAAGUUCUGUUGGUCCAUUGACUAAACUACACGUCCAAAAAUAAGCUUUGAUACUGGAGCUAUUUUUAUCAAGAAUCUGCAUAGGAAAAUGAAUGCUUUAAUCAGACAUGGGCCAUCAAUAACCUAAUAAGCAUUUUAUACCAAUGACCUGAGAGAAGAGACACAGAGGAAUCUGGGACUCCUAGUCUGCAAUCAAAAAGAGAAAUAAAGCGACUUGUUGCAGGGGAGAGGCCCGUGGAAUCCAGGAGCAGUAUUUUGGGUCCUUGUCUACCUUUUAAGACAGGGCAGGUAUUUCCUCAAUCUUAUUGCACAAUCGAUCAAACAAAUAUAGAGAGCAUGGUUUCAGUAUUUUGGGUGUAGAGGGAGAAAUGCAAGGUAAGUGGUCCAAAUUACGUUUUUGCACAUUUUCAAUGCAAACUGGCUGUUAUUUUACCAAUUUUUAAUGCAAACUGAUAUUUUCUGUUAUUACCAUUACUUGGCUCAGAGUGUAAGCAGGACAUAUAGUAUGUAAUGGAGAAUAAUAAAGUGUUAUGGUGAAUUAUUUAAACUGGCAUUAAUAGAAUAAAUCAGUUGAU